AUGGCCGACGAAACCAAAGUCGCCGACGACGUUCCUCAAUUCUCCUUCAAAAAACGAUCCGCCAAGGCCAAAUCCAAUUUUCGCAAGAAGCCCGCUACCCCGCCGCCCGCCUCCGACUCAGACUCCGGCUUUACAUCCUCCGAUGAUGACGAGGGCCGUAGAAUCAAACGACGCCGGAAGACCGCAGCCGUGACUGCUUCGUCGGCUGGUAAUGCCCCUCGGAGGGACGCCCCGCAAGAUGAACAAGCUACCGCCGCCGCACCGGCUCCCCUGGCGUCGACCAACGACGCAACCAAACAGUCCAACUGGUAUGAUGAGGGUAUGGAUGAGAAGAACCUCCUGGGCACGACGCGAGCUCGUCCCGCCACGGACGUAUCAUCUACGGCCGACGGAACGUACAAGGGGGCGGCCAACUAUCAAUCCUUCAUACAGAAAAAUCCCGACGCCCCGAGCAAAAAGUUCGGUCCCAUGAAAGCCCCCACCAACGUCCGAACCAUCACGUUCACCGACUACAUGCCAAAUGUCUGCAAGGAUUACAAGCUCACGGGAUACUGCGGUUUUGGCGACGGCUGCAUCUAUCUGCAUGCUCGCGAGGAUUACAAGCAAGGCUGGGAGCUUGACCGAGAUUGGGAGGUCAACACCAAGGGCAAGACUCUGAGCGGGAAGGUGACGUCGCAGAGAAGCGGUGGCAACGCGUCCAAGGACGAAGAUGACGACGAGGAGGAGCUCCUCGAAAAUAUCCCGUUUGCCUGCAUCAUCUGCAAGAAGCCCUAUCAAAACCCGAUCAUCACCAAGUGCGGUCACUAUUUCUGUGAAUCAUGCGCGUUGCAGCGUUAUCGAAAAAAUCCGUCCUGUGCGGCUUGUGGAGCCGGCACCGGAGGCGUUUUCAACACGGCCAAGAAGCUGAACCAUCUACUGGAGAAGAAACGGGAGCGAGCCCGCAAGCGGCGAGAGCAGGCCAUCGCAGAGGGCGAGGAAGUCAGCAGCGAAGAUGAUGAUGCUGCCGAGAGCUCCUGA